AGGUGACCGUGACGGCCCUGUAGAAUCUUCCAGGACGACUUCUGCUACCAAGCCUUGGUGGAAUUUGAGGUACGCUUGGGAUCAUUGUCCUGUCGGAAGGUCCGAUGACGUCCAAGCUUCAGCAUCCUCACAGACGGCAUGAUGUUUUCUCCUAGGAUUUCCUGAUACUUCAAUGAAUCCAUCUCGCCUUCCACACGCUGCAGGUUUCCAGUGCCAGAGGAUGUAGAGCAGCCGCAGAGCAUCACCGCCCCUCCACCAUGCUCGACUGUGGACAGAGUGUUCUUUCUUCAUUCUUCUUCCUCCAGACAUACCGCUGAUCCGUCGUUCCGAAAAGUCCCAGUUUUGUUUCCUCGCUCCACAGAACAGAACCCCAGAUCUUCUGUGGAUUAUUUAUAUUAUUUUGAGCGACUUUUCUUGUGCUUCUGGGUCAGUAGUGGGUUGAAUAAUUUUGAUUACAGCUGUAAAUAGCUCUCCAAGUUAUUUACAGACUAAGAUUCCUGCACAUUAAUUCCCACUGUGUUGAAUUGACUCAUUUUGUGGACGUACACGAUAGGCUGAGCGUUAAUUCAUGGUUUAACACUAGUUCAACAUUGUAAGAACGAAUCAAUAUAUAAUUAAAUAUAAAUAUAAAACACAUAGAAAUAGAGAAACACACGCCAUGAUAAAUCUUUACUAUAUCUACUGUUAUGACUCAAGUAUGCUGCAGUUACUUGACUGACUUUUGUAUAAUGUCCUAUUUUUACUACUUGUGUGUAUAGUUACAGAUAAAUCAAUAAUAUUGAUGAUGUUUAAUGGUAUUACUCGGUCAUUAUUUUGUCUUCAGAUUCAGUGAACAGUUAUGACGUAACCCUUGUUUUUGUGGAUGUGAAUAAAAUGCACAGUGUUUAGUUAUUGUACAUUACACCACAACGCUGUUGAAUGCUGGAUUCUGAUUGGUCAGAAGGUGCUGAUGAAUCCUCUAGAACAGCAGCUCUGACAGUAGUGCAGCUGCACACUAUAAUCGCAGGUUUAUAUUAACGCGCUCAUUCCGAUACGUUAUCGUUGCUAUAGUAACGACUCAUCCACAGGGACUUGAAUGAUGGAUGAUUCACGUGAUCUAAAACUAAUAAUAAAGUACAGGAAUAGAGGAAAAAGCUCUACGCGUCCAAAGUAUUAUAGUACACAUUUCGAAAAAUGAGCCUGAUGCUGAAAUAUCGAGGUUAUGUUUUAUAAAAGAAAUCUGUACUUCAAAAUGCCAGUGGAAUUUCCAGUCUGUGAACCCCUAACAUAAAGCAUCUGUAUUAAUUCGCACUAAUCGUAUUCAUCCCAUGGUUGUUUGUUUAUUUUUUUUUUUUGUUCAUUUCCAGUAAGUUCCCACGAUCCAGGCGGCGCUGUGAUGAAGAUCCACCGCAGAAUCUUAACCCACUACCUGUCCUGCACCUCACCGGUGGAUAAAGAGGGAUAUCUUUAUAAAAAGGUUCAACUGUGUGUCACGUCCUGCUUACUGACUCGAAUUACACGCGAGACGACUCCUGUUAGAACAAAGUUCUCUUAUACAAGACGUGCGGUUUUGCACGAGGCUAAACUGGUGGCUGUAAACGUGCAAAAUCUAAAAAAAACACGUCAAACUGAACGACUGUAUAGAUUUCUUUUUGGCUGCGUUAUCACUUUAAUCCGUCGGGUCUGUAAUUAGCACGGACGUAUACGAGCGUGAUCGGUCGCCCUCGUUACCGUCCUGUUUUUUUUUUUUUUUAAAUUAAUUAAACCAAGCUAAAUUUACAAUUGAGGUCUUGUGCAUGACUAUAAAUCAUACCCUGUACUUUCCUCUCUGCAGUUUACAUAUGUGGAAAAACCUGCUCUCCUCCAUAUCAUAGCUCAAUAGCUCUGGCACGUAUUAAAGGGUGGGUAUGUUUUCAGAACGAGGUCUUAUGCAAUAAUGGAUGGACUUUUCCGUCAUGUCCCACGUGACAUUUGGUAACCGUUGGCAGAGGAAACGUCCUGUAAUAACCUCCUCACUUUACACCGCAAGAUCCCAUAGCGAUAAUACGUCAGUCGCGGACGUGGUUAUAAGUUCGGGCGUCUUCUCUCACUUUCCAUCAGUUCAGCCACAAAGACAGAGACGUGCGCGCACACACACACACGCAACACCGACCAGGUUAGCACUGAGGUUUUUUUUUCCUCUCUUGGAGAUUUGCAUAUAUUUUAAUUCAGUAAGCUUUUUUGCUUGGUAAUUUUCAGCUAGAAUAAAAUUGUGGUACGUUCCAACAGAAAUGCGCUUUUUCUUGCGUAGCAAAUCAAAGGUAAUCGAAGAAAAUAGAGGGAGAAACACGUCGUACCUGCGCCGCUGGUUUGUCCUGAAGGGGAAUCUGCUGUUCUAUCAGGAGCGCCCGGCCGACCGCGGCCUGAUCGGCGUGAUCGUGCUCGAGGGUUGCGUCGUUCAAACCGGAGAUUCGGAGGUCUCGUUCUCUCUGGUGUUCACCGGCCCGGGACUUCGCUCCUAUCAGCUCGCCGCAGACGAUCAGCCGAGCCAAAGGAGCUGGGUGAACGCUCUCCUGUCAGCCAGCCACAUCUACAUCUCACUUCUCGUCAGAGACCUCGCACAACUUUACCAAGAAGCUAAAGAAGGGAAAAGCCUCUGCAAUUCUUCCACAUCGACAGAUUCCCGUAUGAAAAUGACCAGCUCGGUCAUCGCCGCUUUCUACGCAGGAUCGCCGUAUUUGGGUCAGUGUUCCGCGCCGCCACACAGAGAGACGAGAAGCUACAGUGUGAGCCACGCCUACCCUGGCCACCAAACCCACCACGCUCCAUCUGUGCCAAUCAGAGCGGUUAAUAAACGAUCACCAAAACACUGGCCCAAAAGAAACGCCCACGUCACGCCUCUAAACGGCCCCGCCCCCAAGUACGGCGAGUGGCCUUUAGUGGGAUUCGACCCGAUGGACGAAUUUGUCAAACUGCACGAGUUUUACGGAAACGAGGUGAAGCAGGUGAGAGCUGAUUGGCUGAAGAAGAAACAGCAAGAGGCGGGCCAUAUCGAAGAGAAUCUUAUCGAUCUAGGCUGAUUUAACUUCUCUGGGUUCUUCACACGCCGGAUCUGUCUCAGUGUCUCCGAUUCUUCAAUGAUAAGAACGUUCGAUAACCAAUCCACUCAGAUUUUUACGCCAAGCUGUGUACGUCCUCUCUUUUAUUCCGCGAGUCAUGAUUACAGAACGCUUUAAAUAUUGCAAAUGAGGUUCAGCUGAAGUAUUCUCAGGCAACAGAAAAGAGAAAGUGAUACUAUGGAAGUGAGUAGAGGUUCUAGCUGCGCUGCGGCCUUUAUGGUAAACGGUCCUGAAGAUUUCUCUCUCUUCCUGUUCUGAAUGCCUGACCACUCGCCACUUCUAGAUUUUGGUUCCCAAAACAGAAGAGGAAACUGGAAAUGCGACGAUUAACCAAUUCAAACCAGGACACGAGUUCAUUUUUCUUCUUACCCCAUACUACAGUAAACCAAGACAUAUAUUAGACCUGGUAAAGCUGUUCAGGUUCCCUUACAUUACGGACAUUACUUAAAACAAUAGUUAACAUGAACUAACCAUGAACUUCAGCAUUAAUACACCAUGAGUAAGAUUAACAAAGUCACUCAAACUUACAGUACAUAACAUGCAACGAGUCAAGGCAUGACACGCGUGCGUAAACCGAAACGUUUAAGUUAUUAAGCGUAAUUCGUGAAGCGACGUCAGGGGUCCAAGCAGAGCUCAGAGCACCAGCAGGCAACAUUAAACCAGGACAAUCCAUAAUCCACUUGACUUUAUAAGACAAUAAAUGCAUGAUAAAACCCUCACAAAAAUACUGAUACAAGAGGGUAUAAAUAGACAAAUAAAUCAAGGACUGAACAUAGAAUAGGUGAUCACAAUAGGGUAACAAACCAAAGGCAGAACUGAUGCGAAGAGAGAACCAAAACAGAUACCAAAGACACAUGGCAAUGUAAGAUAAAGUACAUGACGUGAAAACAGCACCCGUUGAGCUCGGAACGUCCUUAGACAUUAAUUAAUUAAUUAAUUAAUUUUUAAAAUAAUAAACCAAAUAUGCCAAAUAAUCAACACUUGCAUUAACCAAAGAGUACAAGUAAGCACACAGUGACUGACAGGAACACCUUAUUGAACAGGUUAUACCUGUAGACCAGAGUUCAGAAAGUUCUCAACAUUUACAUAACUGUAACUGAAUUUUUUUUUGUUGCUCUUUUACCUGGACUUAUUUUUAGUUAUUGAAUAGGAUUGAAGAGUCAGUCAGUGCAGGUGUAUUUCAUUAACAUCUAGUUCUAGUGUUCAUUUAGUUGUCAUAACUACUUGUGGUUUAUUAAUUGUGAAGUUCAUGGCUCGUUAAAUGUUAAUAAAUUCCAGGGAGUGACUAAUUACUGUAAACGUAGCAGCAGUUAAGAACACAAAGCUUGGACAUUUGGGACCGAAUAUGUUCAUAUGUGUUCACGAUCCAUAUAUAUUUCAGAGCGAGAGUGUGUAAUGAAUUAGGCAUGCGGUUUGCACGGUGCUAAAUCGGUAGCUAUAACCAUUCAUCAGUCGUUAUUGACCUUGCAGCUCAAAACAAACUUUCGCAAACGUGUCUUGGGUGUUUGUCUACAUUAUGGAAAUGAAAUAUUUCCAUAUAUUAAAUCGCUCCUUUAACCAAGUUUGGAUUUGCUCCAUAUAACAGGUACCACUGAAAGAAGAUUCCUUUAAUCUACAGUAUUACGUUUAUUAAACCAGGCAGCACUCAGAACUCUUCUGUACCUGUAAGUAUUUUACCUGCAGGUAAAAUACCUCGUAUUUGACGCUUGAUAAACUGUAUGUGCAUCAUUAAGGUGUCCUUCUCCCCUGCUACUUCACACUCUUUAGUCUGUAGCUUUAUGCCUUUCUUGAGCAGACUGUUAUUGAAAGAUUGGCGGAUAUAUCUGUACAUGUAUAGUGUAUUUUAUUUCUGUUCUACAGUAAUGUAAUCAUCAUAUGCAGUUUAAGAUGAGUUGUAUAAAUAUAACUGGCUGUUAAAGUCUGAAGUUCAAGCCAUAGACUGUAUAUAACAUUUAUGGUGCAAGCAAAGUGUGAAGAUGAUUUUAAUGGCCAACAGGGGGCGCUAUUCACUCUGAAUACGGUUUAUCAGUUCAGGUUUUCCUGCUAAAACAUUCACUUAAACAAAUUGAAAAUAUGAAUGAAACUAAUUCGUUCAGUUUUAUGACAUUCAUUAAUUUCUUUCUUUUUCUUUUUUUU